AUGAAAGAAGUUAUUUUUAAUUUUUAUUUAAAUAAUAUAUUUUAUAAAAUAAAUUUUAUUACAUGUAAAUAUUGUAUAAUUUAUACUUCAAUAUAUAUUACAAAAUUAAAUAUUAAAUAUAUUAUUAAUCAUAUAUUUAAAAAUAAUUUUUAUAUUAUUAAAAUUAAAUAUAUAGUAUUUAAAAAUAAAUAUAAAAAAUAUAAUAUUUUAUUUAAAUGA